UGAUUCAUUCACAGAUUUAUUCCUGCCCGCUCACCCGUCGAACUGAACGGUCACGGGCACUUUAUGAUAAACAAAUAACUUAGUAUCUCCUAAUAAUUACAUCUUAAAAUGAAUUAAUCUCGGAUGAUUAUCUAGAACAGGGUCGUAGAUGCAUGGACUAAUCUAAAUGCCUAAUAUGAAUUACGAGCUUGAAAUGGGUUGUGUGUCACGUUCAUAUUAAUAUUGUCACAAAUUAAGUGAGGGGGGCUGGGGGUCUACCAGUCACUGGACUCUACAUCAGAUGAACAGACUGCGGAAGUGUCUGAAUGUGCUUGAGCAAUCCCACACUGAUUUCACCCAGAGUGACUGGAACAGGCGUCCGCUAGCUCCUCUUGGAAGAAGAAAAAGUUUCUCUUGACAUCACAAUGAGCAGUCGAGUGGAUGAUGUUAUGCAGCUUUGCUGUGAGGUCUCGGCCAGCAGGAAGAUGAAAGCCGCCGUGAAGGGCUCUGGAAAGGGAGCUGCAGCGGCCGGCGGAGCUGCUUUCGUAGGGGGAAUGGUGGGAGGCCCGGCCGGAAUAGCUGUUGGCGGUGCUUUGGGAGGUCUCUUGGGAACUUGGAUGACCGGUGGCCAGUUCGAACCUCUUCCCGAGAUCAUCAAGGAAUUGCCUCCAAGAUAUAAGGAGAAACUUUACUCUGAUGUCAUGGGCGCUCUGGGCGCGCUGGACUGGACAGACGUGGCUGGCCUCAUCGUUCUGGUCAUGGGCAGUGCUACUCUGCAGGAGCAAGUGCUUGCUGCUAUAUUCACUUACGCCACGAAAGAGCUCAAGGCUGAAGUAGAGUAUGGAAACUGACCUCUAGAGGGUUGAUGUCACACACGUUCAUGUAAUGUGUUUCUGUUUCUCUGAUCAAAUAAAAAAAAACCCUGCAGAACGCAGGUUAUCACAACGAA